AUGCCGUUUGGAUUGUGCAAUGCUCCAGCAACGUUUAAAAGGUUGAGGGAGCUUGUACUUACCGUGCUAAUUGGCGGUGCCUGUCUUGUCUACUUGGAUGACAUCAUCAUCGUAGGCCGUACGUUUGAGGAACACCUUCAAAACCUGGAACGCGUGCUCGUGAAGAUCCACAGUGCCAACCUCAAGUUAAGUCUGAAGAAAUACUCAGUAUUUAAACGGCAAGUUAACUUUUUGGGGUAUGUAGUGUCGGAAGAAGGUAUCCGCACGGAUCCAGAGAAAAUUGCUGCUGUCAAGGAUUGGCCGGUUCCAAAAGAAAAGACACAGGUUAGAGCAUUACUGGGUUUGUGCUCUUAUUAUCGGCGAUUUGUGAAGAACUUUGCAGAUAUAGCCAAACCUCUGAACAAGCUAACCGAGGAGAAGCGACAUUUCUGCUGGGAUAAAGUUGCGAUAUCGCAUUCCAGGAGCUCAAGAGACGUCUGUGCAAAACACUUAUUUUGCGGUACCCUGAUACGGGCAAGGAAUUUAUGGUUUACACAGACGCAAGUGAUAUAG